AUGCCUACCAAGUCGCCAUUUCCCGAUGUGGAGAUCCCGAACAUCGACCUCUGGAGUCUGAUGUUCGACCGCAAAGACCGCGACUUCCCUGACAACAAAGUCAUAUAUCGCGCCAUCAACUCUGACCGAAAGUAUACAUUCGCCGAUGUAAAAAGCCACGCGACAUUGUUCGGUGAAGGCCUGAGGAAUCUCUGGGACUGGCAGAAAAACGAUGUGCUCGCUUUAUAUGCGCCAAACGAUGUCGAUGUACCGUCAGUCAUCUAUGGAACAUUCUUUGCGGGUGGCAUCGUCACGCCUGCCAACCCAGGGUACUCAAAAGAUGAGCUGGCUUAUCAACUAGAAAACUCUGAGGCUAAAGCACUUGUUACAACCAAGGCUUUCCUAGAUACCGCGUUAAAAGCUGCGGAGAAAGUUGGGAUCGCAAGUGACAGAGUAAUCUUGCUGGGUGCUGAGAAGGAUGCGACGCAUCGAUGCAAGCAUUGGACUAGCAUCAGAAAGACAUCGGGCGCAUUGCGAUACCGUAGAAGGAGGGCAAACCCUGAAGAUCUAGCAUUCCUUGCGUACAGUUCUGGAACCACGGGACUGCCAAAAGGUGUCAUGCUUAGCCAUCGUAACAUCGUCGCAGAUCUACUCCUGGCACAGGGAGCAGUCGGAAACUGGUAUUCAUCUGCAAAAGACAAGUUUCUCGGAGUGCUCCCGUUCUUCCACAUUUACGGUCUUACCGGCUUGGUACACCAAACACUCCAUCGCGGUAUCGAGCUCGUGGUGAUGCCUGCUUUUGACAUGGAAACCUUCCUGCGGACGAUUCAAGAGCACAAGAUUACGUUCAUCUACGUUGCGCCUCCAGUCAUCGUGCGCUUAUCUAGGGAUAAGAUGGUGGACAAGUACGACCUUUCGUCCAUCAAGAUGAUUACAAGUGGCGCGGCUCCGCUUACGAAAGAGUUGGUGGAUGCUGUGCACAGGAGAUUGAAGCUCAAGAUCAAUCAAGCUUACGGAUUGAGUGAAACGAGUCCAAUGACACAUACCCAGCCGUGGGACGAAUGGUACAGUUCCGUCGGAAGUGUAGGAAAGAUGUUCCCGAACAUGCAAGCAAAGUACAUUUCUGCCGAUGGCAAAGAACUCGGGCCCGGCGAAGCAGGCGAGCUCUGGCUCAGCGGUCCCAACAUCUUCAAAGGAUACUGGAAGAACGAAUUGGCAACCAAAGAAGCCAUUACAUCUGAUGGCUUCUUCAAAACCGGCGAUAUUGGCUUCCAGGAUGAACAACACAACUUUUACAUCACCGAUCGUGUCAAGGAGUUGAUCAAAUACAAAGGCUUCCAAGUCCCGCCAGCGGAACUGGAAGGAAAGCUAUUAGAAAGUGAGCUCGUUGACGAUGCAGCCGUCAUUGGGAUCAACGACGAGCAGCAGCAUACUGAAGUGCCUAGAGCUUACAUCGUAGCAUCACAGGCUAGUCGCGCUGGUGCUGGAGAGGCGGAAGCCAGAGCGAUAGUGGAGUGGAUAGAUAAGAAGGUAGCUAACCAUAAGAGAUUGAGAGGAGGUAUUGUGUUUAUUGACGAGAUACCGAAGAGUGCGAGUGGUAAGAUUUUGAGACGGGUGCUCAAGGAGAGAAGUAAAGACGAUGUGCCAAUGGGUGUAGUCUCAAAGGCGAAACUGUGA